GUAGCUAAUCAUUUAGUUCGGCAGCAUGGCGGAAGCUCUAUCGUCCAGUCUUGGAACAACGCCCAGACCGGCGACAGAUGAGGACUUCGACUAUUUUAAGAAGCUGGCUGACAUUGACAAAGGCUGGUCUCGUCAAUAUGAUAGCAAUGGAAUCGUCGUUUGGACUCAGACGUCAGAAGUCUCGUCCAUCAAGUUGUUAAGAGUUCAGUAUGUAUUUCAAGACAUAUCUGCAGAUGUGUUGUAUGAUGUUAUUCAUGAUCCCGAUUAUCGUCGAGUGUGGGAUGAUCACAUGAUUGAUGGUUUUGAAAUCUGUACGCUGGAUGCUACUAAUGACAUAGGAUAUUACUCAGUAAAAUGUCCACCUGGAGUGACUAACAGAGACUUCGUGAAUGAGAGAUCUUGGCGUGUCAAUGACGAAGAGUACAUGAUUUUUAAUCAUACAGUUUACCACAAGGAUCACCCUGAGAAAAAGAAUUUCGUACGUGCAUUUUCAUAUCUUACUGGAUACGUAUUGAGGCCACAGGAAAAUGGUGCAUGUGCGUUUACAUAUGUGACACAAACAGACAUGAAAGGCUGGAUACCUGCUUGGCUCACAAACAAAGCUGCUACCUUUUUUGCACCUAAGAUUAUCGAAAAGUUACAUAAAGCGUCUCUUGGAUAUGUUGAGUGGAAGAAGGAGCACAAGCCGGAGUUCAAACCAUGGCUCAAACCAGAACAGAUGACGAAACCCACUCCGUUGGAACAAUUGGUUGUACCUGAUACAACACAACAGAGUUGAAUUGUGUUCAUGUGACUAGUUUUCAUUUGGAUCGCAACUAGAUCCAUGCAUUUGGUUGCUGUUACAGUCUAUUGACUUCCUUGUAGCUCAUUGAUAUGUGUAAUAAAUGUCAAUAUAGUAAGAAACGUGAAUAUCUUUGGAA